UCUACAAUGAAGGUGCCAGUUGCCGUCAUCCGCCUGCCCCGUGGGCCAGAUGGGACAAGUCGUGGCUUCGACCCCAGCUCUCCCCGCUUCCAGGUCUUGGGACCCAGCAGCCUCUCCUCCUUGGUCACCCCGAACCCAGCCAAGCUGGAGCAUGAGCAGCAAGGGCGAGUGGCCCUGCGGGAACGCUACCUGCGUAGCCUGUUGGCCAUGGUCGGCCAGCCUGUCAGCUUCACCAUGUACGAAAGGGUCAGCGUCAUGGCACUGUUCGGAGCAUCCGACAUUGAUGUCCUGAAUUUCCAGGUGUCUGAACUGCAUACUCCGUUGGGGGUACAGAAGGAAGCCCUCCUCCGCUGCUCGGAUAUCAUUGCAUACUCCUUUGAGCUUUAAGGGGCCUACGAGCUCCUUCACUGCCUUUUGAAUAAAG